CUCUAACGAUCUUGACAGACAGCCGCGCAUUUGAUUCCUAUUCCAGCAACACGUUAGUGAACAGACGCAAUUGUGGAGGAGAUUAACUUCGCUAAUUUUAGCAUUGAAAAACAGUUGCAAUCUUGUUCUUUGCCCAUAAUAAGUUUGUAAAUAUUAUAUAGAUAUUAGCAAUAUGGAAGGCGAACGAUUAGAUUUUGUGAUAUUUGGAGCGACUGGAUUUACUGGGAAAUAUGCUGUAAAAGUGGCAGUGGAAUUAGCUAAGGAGAAAAAUUUAAAGUUUGGAGUUUCUGGACGUCGCAAGCAAGCUUUGGAGGCAGUUGUUAAAGAGUUUGCUUCUGAUAUUGAUAAUGUACCAAUCAUAGUUGCUGAUUUAAAAGAUGAAGAAUCAUUGAAGAAAAUGACUGAGCGAGCUAAGGUACUUGUUAAUUGUUGUGGUCCAUAUAGAUUUUAUGGAGAACCAGUUAUUAAAGCAUGUAUUGCAACACGUACUCAUCAAGUUGAUGUUAGCGGAGAACCACAGUACAUAGAAAGUAUGCGAUUAAAAUAUCAUAAAGAAGCUGAAGAAGCUGGUAUUUACAUUAUAAGCGCAUGUGGAUUUGAUAGUAUACCCUGCGACCUUGGUGUCAUAUUUACUCAGCAAAAAUUUGAUGGCGAAAUUAAUUCUAUCGAAACUUAUUUAAAAACUUGGGUAACUGCAAAAGUUACUGGUGCUGUUUUACAUUAUGGAACUUACGAAUCAUUGGUUUAUGGUGUUGCAAAUUCUCAUGAAUUGAAAACCUUACGUAGAAAACUUUAUCCUGAAAAGUUACCUACUUUUAAGCCAAAACUUAAAACAAGAGGCAUAAUUCAUAAAUCACCUGUGUCAGGGGAUUGGUCUACAAUAUUUCCUGGUUCUGAUCGUUCCAUAGCUUUAUACACUCAACGAUUUUUAUAUGAAAAAUACCAACAAAGACCUGCGCAGAUUCAAACAUAUGUUACAUUUAGGUCUUUCCUUCAAGUAGUGGCAGUUUUGUUCUUUGGUUUAGUCUUUGCAUUGCUCUCUAAAUGUAGUUUCGGUCGAAACUUGUUGUUGAAGUAUCCGUCAUUCUUUUCCGGAGGGUUUAUAAGUCGUGAAGGUGGGAAACCAGAAGAACUGGAGAACACUCAUUUUUGUAUUACAUUCAGAGCAAUAGGUUGGUCUGACAAAUUAGCAGAGCCCACUGAUGUACGCAAAGAGCCACCAAAUCAUUUAUUAAUUACUGAAGUCAAGGGCAAAAAUCCUGGAUAUGGUGCUACAUGUACUAUGUUAUUACUUUCUGCUAUAACAAUUCUCAAAGAAUCUGAUAAAAUUCCUAUUAAUGGUGGUGUUUUGUCUCCUGGUGCUGCAUUUAGUAAGACAUCCCUAAUUGAAGAAUUGAAUAAAAAGGAUAUAAGAUUCGAGGUAGUUUCUUCCAGCGAAGUAUAAGAUCUUUGAUCUACUCUUACAUAUAAAAUUCGUCUUGAAAAUAAAUAAAACUGUAAGAACAAGGAGUUUUGCAUUUCUUGCUUUGCAACUACGGUUUAAAUUGAUAUCGAUAUUUUCAAUUUUGUAAGUGAUAUUGACAGUCAAGAAAAAUAUUUUUUAUAGAACUAUUUUUAUGUGUAUAGAUGCAUUUAAAAGCAAGUUAUGAAAAACUCAUAUUUUUUUAAGUAAUGUCAGUAACUGGUAAAUGAGGGUAAUGGAUUUUUUGUUACUCUACAAAAUGUUUCAACAUUUCUUUCAUUUUUGUAAUGUAGUACUGAAUAGUAGAAGCAUUUCCGAAUAACAUACUAAUCUAUAUUAUUGAAUUCUAAACGCUGACGCAGAAUUUAGUUGGUAAUGGAAUUUAUUUAAUUUAUAUUCUUACAGUUAUAAGAAUUCAUAACUGUGCACAAAUAACUUUUCCUAA